UCCUCGGAAGCUUUCAUACGCCGCCAAGCAUCACGCUUCACAGCACCAACAGCUCAAUGGCGUCACCAAUAGAAGACGAUGUCUUCGAGAAGCUGAAGAACAAGACAAAUCCCGACGCCCACAAGCGGAAUCAGGACGACCUCAAUGCGCGAGCCUAUGCACAACAAAACAAGGCACAGGAGAGGCUGGCAGAGCUGCUUGACGACAACAACACCCUACCCGUGACAGUCUCCUCGGUCCGCAUCCUCAACGCCAAUCGCACCCGACGAGCUUUUCUCGAGCGCGUAGUCAACCCCAUUCUGAGCGCCAACCAUGAAGAAGGGUAUACGCUGCAGGAUUGCCUAAGUGAAGUUGGAAAGGCUACAGAAAAGCUUAAUCGCUUUGGCAUUUUCAAGCAACCCAUCAACGUCUUCCUCGACCGACCCGAUCCAACAUUGGCUUCGUCCUCCCCGACCGAUGUGGAUGUUUAUAUUCACGCUACCGAGCGCGGCAACUAUACCAUAAAGACAGGAACCGAGGCUGGAGCUUCAGAAGCCGACGCAUACAUCCAUGCUGAACUCCGCAAUCUUUUCGGUGGCGCUGAGACCCUCAAUGCACACGGCUCGCUAGGAACACGCACACGAUCUGCUUACUCGCUUGCUUUUGAUACCCCCAUUCUUAGCAACCCCGAUUUUAAGUUCCAGGUCAAUGGAUUUGCAAGUUCAACAUUGAAAAGCUGGGCAAGCCACGAGGAAGUGCUACGCGGAGGAACCUCCAAGCUGCUAUGGCGUUCAGCUAAAGGACACCAACACGAAUUCGGAUACUCUGGAAUUUGGAGACAGGUCACUGGCCUCGCAGAAAAUGCAUCCCCCACCAUACGUGCUGACGCCGGCGAUUCCUUCAAGUCAAGCCUGACACAUACCUGGAUUAACGACAGACGUGACUACCCUCUUCUGCCCAGCAAAGGUUAUCUCAUGAAGACUGUUUCCGAGCUCGCCGGCUACGGACCCCUCAGCGGCGACGCCUCGUUUUUCAAGUCGGAAGCCGAGUCACAGUUUACUCUACCCUUUGGCGAUACUGGAAUCACAUUGACCGCUGGUCUCCGCGGAGGUCUCCUCUACCCGCUCGCACAACGCGGAAGCACUACGCCGCAACAAUCCCGUAUCAACGACCGAUUCCAGCUCGGUGGCCCCACGAGCGUCCGCGGUUUCCGCCUCGCAGGCCUUGGACCCCAUGACGGUCCUGAUGCUGUAGGCGGCGAUGUCUUCGCUGCGGGUGGCGCCUCGCUCCUGUUCCCCGUACCCAGAGUCGGUAAGGAAACCCCACUCCGUCUACAAGCUUUUGUCAACGGUGGGCGUCUGCUAUCACUCAAGAACCAAGGCAAAGAAGGCGCCGCUAUGGAUAGCGCAGCAGUACAGGAAAGCGUCAAGAAGACUGUGGGCAGCUUGACGGAUGGAUUGCCGAGCACAGCUGCUGGAUUUGGUAUAGUCUAUGCGCACCCUAUCGCGAGGUUCGAGAUCAACUUCAGCUUGCCUUUGGUCAUUAGAGCAAGGGAGGAAGCACGGAAGGGCCUGAGCUUCGGCGUUGGCGUCGAGUUCUUGUAG